UCGCGCACGUAAGACCGACCUUCAACACGCUUUCGGGGACGCUCAAAUGCCUCGCGAGCUCGCCGAUCCUGGCUCACGCCGUUUAGCUGCUGGCUCCUGGAUGCUGUUCAUGCCGCCCGUCGCUUAACGGCGUCGUCUCUCUCCACUGUUCCCUCCCCUACCUCCGCCCUUCCGUACUACUCCCGAUCUAGGGUUCCGCCGGAUCUCGGCGGCCCGCGGCGGUCCGACCUAUCGAACCUCGGUUACGGCCAGUUAUUUUGUUUGUAUUCUGAGCAGAUCGGAGCCGAUUGCUUUGUUUUUUGUCUUACGGUUUUCGUGUGUUGUAGGGGCUGUCGUAUUUUUGGGCGUUACAGCGAUCAGUGAGGAUGACUUCUACUGUUUAUACAAUUACUGCUUCUGUUAAUACAAUUGCAACAGAUAUCGACAUAAUGGACUUUAAUACUCACACUUGGUCUCUCCUGCAAUCUCCAGUGGAAAAGUCGCUCUGAAGUGCACCUGAACCAGGCUAUUUGGACAACUUUCUGUACGAGUUUAUUUUGCAUUCGAACUUGAACUCAUCAAUAGUGAUUGAUCUAGUACAAGCGGAUAGAAAUGCAAGCCGAAAUCGGAAAGGUAUUGGAUAGUGAUGGUAAGAAAAGAAUCUCGCUCAAUUUGAAGCGAAAGCGAGCAGUUGGCAUUGCUGAUGUAGCUCCCAAGGUUCCGCGCUCCUGCGAUAUAUCAUCUACUAAUAAUAAGCAUGGAAAACGAAGGAAAGUUGAUGGCUUCAAAAGCACUGCCAGCUGUCUGUCUCCUUUUGGAAAAUCUAUCGCUAGAUACUAUUAUAGUUUCAUGAAAAGUGGGGUUCCGCAACGUUUGAUGUAUUAUCAAAAUGGUGACUGGACUGAUUUCCCCCAGACUCUAAUUGGCAUGAUCAAAGAGGAUCUGAGCAAGAAGAAGGCCGCCAUAGAGGUGAAUUUUGGUGGUGAUCAUUUUCUGCUAGAUUUCUUGCACAUGUUUCGACUAGACUUGGAAAGUAACGUACAGCAACCUAUUGCUUGGAUUGAUGAAGCUGGUAGCUUCUUUUUUCCAGAAACCUUUGCCAGCGAGUGCUGUCAACAUAAAUGCUUUGAUCUACCAGAGCCUAUGCAUGGGGAUGGGCCUUGCGAAUUGAAGCUGCAACUUGAGAUUGACAUAAGUGGCAUAGAUCAAUUUAAGCUAAAAGAAUGUAGUGGCGAGUCAACCACUCCCAACAAGCAAAUCCAGAAAUCAGCCAAUGAACGCAUGUUUAUGGAAGUUGAAGAAAGCUGUGACAGGAAACACCGGGUGAACUUGGUUGAAACUGUCGGCGAGAAUAAGCAGAUGGAGGUAGAAGUGGCCUCUAGGAUAAAACAUGAUGGUGGGAAACUGGAUUCUGAAACAGUGAGGAAGAUGUUCCUCACAGGCGUGGGCGCUACUGCUGUGGGCAGUCUUAAUUUGCAUCCCUGCUCAAGUGAACCAAUGCGAGAUCAAUUAGAGCUUUUCCAGAAGCAAAUUGAGAUAACCGAGAAACGCCGGGGAACUGCAAAUGUUAAGUACGCUUGGCUUGCCAUUCCAAAGGGGAUGUUGCCCACACUUAUGAAAUAUGGGCUUGGAAAUUGUGGAGCACUGAUAAGUAAGCCCACUUAUGGCAGUGGUGUGCAGCUUGCGGCUGCAAACUGUAUUCAGAUCAGAAAUAAUAAUGAUGUUGACGAAAAUGGAGUUCAACACAUGGUGCUUUGCCGUGUAAUAAUGGGAAACAUGGAGGUUGUACAUCCUGGAUCUACACAGUGUUAUCCAAGUGGCGAGGGCUUUGAUAAUGGAGUAGAUGAUCUUCAAAACCCCACACGUUAUGUAGUCUGGCCUAUGAACAUGAACACCCACAUUUAUCCAGAAUAUGUUAUUAGCUUCAAGGCCACAUUGAAAACCGAAGAUCUGAUUGGAACUAGGAGUAACCAUACUGCAUUGAGAGUUACAAGGUCUUUCCAGGAGCCUCAAACAGACUCUUCUGCAGUUGACUCAGAAAGUAGUAGUCAUCCACCUUCAGACAUUGUGGAACAUCAGGGGAAAGCUCCUACAAUAGGUUCCAGUGCUCCUAAGACUCCUAGAUCCCCCUGGAUGCCUUUUCCUAUGUUGUUUGCUGCUAUUUCUGACAAAGUUACUCAUAAAGACAUGGAAUUGGUGCAGAAUCACUAUAACUUGUUCAGGGCAAGGAAGAUUACGCGGGACGAUUUUGUCAAGAAGUUGAGACUUAUAGUUGGUGAUGAUUUAUUGAGAUCAACUAUAACUGGUCUUCAGUGCAAGGUACCUCUGCUCACAACUUUAGUUUCACUCCAUUUGGAGCAACUUCUAAGUACUGCUACUUGGAUCCAUUGAAAUGUUACGUGCAUUCAUGCAUCCACUUCUUUGGUUGGUGCAUUGUUGGUGAUGGUUUUCAUGGACUGUUUCACAUUAAUCACUUGAGAAAAUUCAUCAAAAUGGAAAAAUAUUAUGUUAUAUUGGAGAGAAUGUCCUAUCAGGCUAUUGGUGAACUGUGUCAUUAGCUUUUUUGGUCUCAUUUCAGAUCCAACUCUAUUUUCACUUGUUACUGUCUCUCAUUUGAAGUGGCAUCAUACUUGAUUGUGUCAUUGGCUGUUUGCAGACUCCUUCGAAGAGCGAGGAGGAGCAGAAAGCAGGAGGCCCUGGUGGAUGUUGAUUGUCCUCAUCUUGGUGUGGAGGCCUGUUUCCAAUCCUUUCAAGAUGUUUGGCGAUGGAGUCGCGAGUGCUGUGUUCUGCGAAUGCGUCGACAUGAAGUGAAUGUUAUCUUUUCCCCUUAUCCUUCGUAGCAAUAGUUUCUGCAUGUCAAAAUUUGUAUAGAGUAGUUUCUUAAAUUUCCUACAUAGAUCUAGUUUGUUAGAUUGGAUAAAGUGCUUGUUGAAAUUGGACAGCCUUGUGUCACGGGUUGCCGCGCGGUCACGAUCCCAAUCGAUCGGCCCGUGACACUUGACUUUUGGAAUUACCGCUUUCAUGCUGAUUUGAGGUGUUAAAACUCCGGAUUUUCUUGCGAACUAUGCUGAGCUAAGCAUUAUAUUUUUCUCAUG